UUCUCGUUUUCCUGGAAAGGUCGUGACGCAUUCCGACCGUAUUAUAAAGAGGCAGGAGAUCCUCCGCCUUGACAACAGCUUUGGGGAGAGACACGCGCACACUGCACGCAACUAUGGAAACCGUAGAAAUUAUCCUCGCAAUGUUGGUGCUAUACAGCAGCACAGUAUCAUUUGUGCUCUCUCAAAACGAGACCACGUAUCUGCGAGAGAUUUCCCCUGGAAAGACAGUUUUAUGUAAGCGCUGCCCUCCAGGAUACCGUCUACAGGAGCACUGCACGGUGAAGAAGCAAACCGUGUGCAAGCCGUGCACUGUAGGAUAUUACACCGAGGUCUGGAACUACAUCUAUGAGUGUCUACCAUGCAGUUGGUGUCGGUCUAAUCAGGUCGAGGUACAGAAGUGCACAAGUACCACUAACCGCAUGUGUGGGUGCAAGGAAAGCUUUUAUCUCGACACCUCGGACAUCUGCCGGCCACAUACGGUGUGUCCAAAAGGAUACUGUGUCAAACAAAAAGGCACUCCACUCAAAGAUACAGUGUGUGAGCUUUGCUGGAACAGACGCACCACAGAUGGACAGUCGUCAUGCGGUCCACACACGGUGUGCAAUUCAGAUGAGAUUCUUCUGCAUCACGUGUGUGUUAGCUGCAGCACUAUCGCAAACGAAGGUUGGGUUAAAUUCAUCAUCCAGCCCUUUAUAGAAACCUUCAAGAAUCACAGUACACGAAAGUUACAGCGCUUCAUUGGGAACUUAACAAAUUCUUUGGAUGAGUGUUCAUCCAAUCAGGAUUCCUGUUUCCAGAAGCUGGAACAGUGGUUUAGUAAAGCUACAGAGGAGGAGGUCAUCAACCUUCCCAAACUGCUUCAGCAGUUCAAUAUAAAAAGUCUUAACCUGACCAUCAAAAUCGAUAAGAGACUUAAGACGAUCCUAGAUGAAGUCAAUCUGUGCAGAAACAAGUUGCCUGAUCACAAGUGAUUCUUCUGUUCUGUUCUUUCAAGUUAAUAUCUUAUUUCAUUGCACUUAUAUUUAUGAAUAAAUUUGUCAAAACUUGAAGUGAAACCCACUGCAAGAUUAAUGCAUGAGAUGUUAACAGACUUCUAACAGAAAAAUCAGAAAUCGAAAAAUGACACUGAAAAUGUUUUGUAGUUCGCUUUUUAUUCUGUGUUUUAUAUGUUUAAUAUUUAUGUGUUUGUUUGUUUUUUGCUUUGGUUUAAAAUGUUUGUACAUUAAAAACAUUUCUAGGUGCCCUUAAGGUAUUGCCUUGUACUGUGCUGUGCUCUGUAUUGUGUCACUAAUGUAUUAUUUUUUUAACAAUGCCAUUAAUAAUACAUUGCCAGACUGCCUCAUGCAA